AAUCGUCAGGUUUUAUCAUCGUUUAUUUCUAUUUUCAAGUAUCAUCCUUAUCCUAUCAGAGAAUAAUUAAAGACAAAAUACGAAUUCUUUAAGAAGCGGUAAAAGCGUUUAGAAGAAGAAGAAAAAGAAAACGCCUCAAAAUCACCAUUAUUGUCCGAAUCUUCUUCGCGUCUCUCAACAACACCACUUCUCCUAUCUUCUUCUUCUUCACACCAAAUAAAUUCUCCUGUGAAAAUUCCUCAAACCCAGAUCAUGUUUUCAUCAUCAAUAAACUCUUAAACCCUUUAGAUCUCACCGCAUGACGAUCCGAAGUUUGAUCCAGGAAAUGCGGUCUAGGCCACACCGUGUGGUUCACGACGCCGCCUCAACCGCUAAUAGUUCAGACCCUUUCAGCUGGUCGGAGCUCCCGGAGGAGCUGCUGAGAGAGAUUCUGAUUAGGGUUGAGACAGUUGACGGCGGUGAUUGGCCGUCGCGGCGAAACGUGGUGGCUUGCGCCGGCGUUUGUCGUAGCUGGCGGAUUCUCACGAAGGAGAUUGUAGCUGUUCCUCAAUUCUCCUCUAAAUUGACUUUCCCUAGCUCCCUCAAGCAGCCUGGUCCAAGAGAUUCUCUAGUUCAAUGCUUUAUAAAACGUAAUCGAAAUACUCAAUCGUAUUAUCUCUAUCUCGGGUUAACUACAUCUUUGACGGAUAACGGGAAGUUUCUUCUUGCUGCUUCUAAGCUGAAGCGCACAACUUUUACUGAUUACAUCAUCUCUUUGCGUUCAGACGAUAUCUCCAAGAGAAACAACGCGUAUCUGGGGAGAAUGAGAUCAAACUUCCUCGGAACAAAAUUCACGGUCUUUGAUGGUAAUCUGAUGCCACAGACCGGAGCAGCGAAGAUGCAGAAGAGCCGCUCUUCUAAUUUCAUCAAAGUUUCUCCUAGAGUUCCUCAGGGAAGUUACCCCAUCGCACAUAUUUCAUACGAGUUAAACGUCUUAGGCUCUAGGGGACCGAGAAGAAUGCAUUGCACUAUGGACACAAUACCUAUGAGCGUCGUGGAGUACCAAGGAGUAGCUUCAACAUCCAUACGCUCCUUUUCCACUCAGUCAUCACCGUUCUUUAGGUCUCACUCAAAACCGGUGCGCAGCAAUAGUGCAUCUUGUAGCGACUCAGGCAACAACCUGAGAGACCCACCAUUGGUGCUGAGCAACAAGACUCCACGAUGGCAUGAGCAGCUACGAUGCUGGUGCUUAAAUUUCCAUGGUCGAGUCACAGUGGCCUCUGUUAAGAACUUUCAGCUUGUGGCAGUCAGCGACUGUGAAACAGGGCAGCCAUCUGAGAGGAUCAUACUUCAGUUUGGUAAAGUUGGAAAGGACAUGUUUACCAUGGAUUAUGGGUAUCCGAUUUCUGCAUUUCAAGCGUUUGCGAUCUGCCUGAGCAGUUUUGAAACCAGAAUUGCAUGUGAAUGAUGAAGAGACUAACCUUAAAUCACCUCCAUGUACUUGUUGUGGUCGUCUGUAGAUGGUGAAAUAUUUGUCCAAAAUCUCAAGAACGUUAAUAGCUUUCUCUGGAUUCUUCCUGACAAUUCAAAUCUAUAUGUUGUAUUUUUUUGUCUUUCAUGCCAAGAAGCUUACCAGAAA